AUGGAAGCAACAAGAAUGGGUUUUGGUCCUAGAAAUCUCUCUCGUCUUCACAACGUUCCUCUCUGUCUCAAGACUAACCUCUCUCUGUUUCCUCGGCGUUGGCUUCGUAAGCACACUCUUUCCCUGAAACCGGAAACACGACACCAUUUGGUUUGUGUUAGGGCUACUAUGAGUAGUGAUGAUCUUGAGAGAACUCGCCCCUUGGCACACUUUUCUCCCACCAUUUGGGGAGAUCACUUCCUUUCUGUUCCCCUCGACCUCGCUGUAUUUGAUGAACUAGAGAGAGAGAUUGAAACUACAAAGCCGUUGGCGCGAGACAUGCUCAUGUCUUCUCACAGAAGCGACAAGGAGAAGAUUCGUCUCAUCCAUUUGCUUAUCAGCCUCGGGAUAUCUUAUCAUUUUGAUAAGGAGAUCCAAGAGAUCCUUAACCACAGUUUCACAAAGCUGGAUGAUAUAUUAGUCCGGGAAAAUGAUUUGGAAACAAUCUCCAUUAUGUUUGAGGUCUUUAGACUAUACGGCCAUAAGAUGUCUUGUGAUGCGUUUGAUAGAUUCAGAGGCAAAGAUGGAAGGUUCAAGGAGUGUCUAGCCAUAGAUGUUAGAGGAAUGCUACAAUUGUUCCAAGUAGCGCAUCUCGGGACACCUUUUGAAGAUAUAAUGGACGAAGCGCUGAGUUUCACACGCAAUCACUUGGAGUCUUUGGCAGGUGGUAAUGUGUCCAGUGAUAUUCCUCAUCUCAUCAAGCAUAUAAAAAAUGCAUUAUAUAUACCUCGAUACCAUAACACACCAGUACUAGUGGCAAGAGAAUAUAUAUCUUACUACGAACAAGAAGAAGGUCACGACGAGAUCCUGCUCAAGCUUGCAAAGCUUAACUUCAACUUUUGCCAGCUUCAUUACAUCCAAGAGCUCAAAAUUCUCACCAAAUGGUGGAAGGACUUAGAUCUUGGAUCUAGGCUACCUUAUGUUAGGGAUAGACUCGUGGAGAGCCAUUUGGUGUCUUUGGGGCCGUACUUCGAGCCACAAUAUUCACUUGGGAGAAUCAUAGUGGCUAAAAUCAACAUGAUCGUGGUUGUUGUUGAUGACACAUAUGAUGUUUAUGCUACACUUGCGGAAGUUACAGCUCUUACAGAAUGUUUGCAGAAGUGGAGUGUUGGUGCCAGUGAUAAACUACCAGACUAUUUGCAAAUCGUCCUUGAAAAUGUGUUCCAAGUCAUGGGAGAUAUUGAACGGGAAAUGAGACCGAAAGGAAGAUCCUACGGCGUGAAACAAGUGGUAGAGAAGACCAAGAUUCUUGCCAAGUCAUACGAAGAGAUCGCAAAGUGGGCACGGACGGGUCACGUAGUAACCUUUGAUGAGUACAUGAAGGUUGGGUUAAAAACAGGCGCAAUGGGUGAUUUUGCAGCAUACUCCUUUAUAGGUAUGGAAGAUAUCAACGAGAAGGAAGCUUUCGACUGGCUCAAUUCCGAACCCCUAGUCAUCAAAACUCUUAGUUUAAUCUUCCGUCUAGCAAAUGACGUAGGAACCUACGAGACCGAGAUGAGAAGAGGAGAGGUGGCUAAUGGGCUAAACUGCUACAUGAAACAACAUGGAGUCACCAAGGAAGAGGCAUCCCAAGAGUUACGUAAAAUGUAUAGAGAGUACUACAAAGUCGUUAUGGAGGAGUUCAUCAACACACAUGAUCAUGUGCCUCGCCAGGUUCUUCUCAGAUGCCUCAACAUUGCACGUCUCUUCGAUGUGUUCUACCGAGAGGGUGAUGGAUACUCUGAUCCCAAAGGCAAGAUUGAGCACUUUAUGACCUCCUUGUACGUCCACCCAAUACCCCUUUAA